ACAACCUCUCGGCCGACAGCCGACAUGAAUUUAGUCGCCAUCUUUGCUUCAACCUUCAAUCGCCUCUACGGAUUCGCGGGCGUUUCAUCGCCGUUUUUCAAUGUUUUUCUUAAACAAAACGUGAUUGUUCUUGUCGACAAUAGCGUAAAAAGUUUCCUGGAGUUCAAUUAACAGUUCAGUGUGAAAAUGAGUUUUUUCGGAUUCGGACAAACCGCGGAUAUAGAGAUCGUAUUCGACGAUGCUGACAAGCGGAAGGUAGCGGAGGUGAAAACGGAUGACGGCAAAAAGGAGAAAUUACUGUUGUAUUAUGACGGUGAAACGGUGUCGGGGCGUGUGAACGUCACGCUACGGAAGCCGGGGUCGAAGCUCGAGCAUCAAGGAAUCAAGGUCGAACUAAUAGGGCAGAUCGAAUUGUUCUACGACAGAGGUAACCAUCAUGAAUUCAUAUCGCUAGUGAAGGAAUUAGCUCGGCCUGGAGAUCUCCUGCAACAUACGUCGUAUCCGUUCGAAUUUGCGAACGUAGAGAAGCCCUAUGAGGUGUACACAGGCGCUAACGUCAGACUGAGGUACUUCCUACGCGCUACCAUCGUUCGCCGCUUAACCGACGUCGUAAAGGAGGUGGACAUCGCUGUACACACGCUCUGUAGCUACCCUGACGUUCUGAACUCCAUAAAAAUGGAGGUGGGCAUUGAAGACUGCCUCCACAUAGAGUUUGAAUACAACAAAUCAAAGUAUCAUCUCAAAGAUGUGAUAGUUGGUAAAAUCUACUUUCUGCUAGUCCGUAUCAAGAUAAAACAUAUGGAGAUAUCUAUUAUCAAACGUGAGACAACAGGAUCAGGACCAAAUACAUUUACAGAGAAUGAAACCGUUGCAAAAUAUGAGAUCAUGGAUGGGGCUCCGGUGAGAGGUGAAAGCAUACCUAUAAGAGUGUUCCUGGCUGGAUAUGAUUUGACCCCGACAAUGAGAGACAUUAAUAACAAGUUUUCCGUCAGGUAUUACCUAAAUCUAGUACUGAUGGAUACUGAAGAUCGCCGUUACUUCAAACAACAGGAGGUGACUCUAUGGAGAAAGAGUGAUAAAUCGAGGUUGCUGUUACAUAAUCCUCAUCAUCCACAAACUCUGACGCAUCCCUCUGAGACCCCAUCUCAAAGGCAGCAAAAUGCAGCUAAUUCCGAUUAUGUGGGUCGAGCGAUUUCUCCACUACACCAAGAGAACCAUCAACAAGGCCCUCCACUUAUUGACGAAGACCACAAACCCUCUGAAAUGGAGCAAGAUAAAACUGUAGAAAUAACCAACAAAAUGUCCAAUACACACAUUGAGAAUAACCAGGCUGAAAAAAUUGAAAAUCCAGAGAAAAAAAAGCCUGCUGUAGCUGAAAAGCCUGAAGUUGCUGAGAAGCCAGUGGUAGCUGAGAAGCCUCAAGUAGCAGAAAAGCCGCAGAUUGCCGAGAAGCCACAGAUUGCGGAGAAGCCAGUGAAUGUAACCCGGUCAGAAAGUGCAGAAGCCGAGCCAAGUCAAUAGCCGAUAUGCAUGUGUGCCGUCAACCUUACUGUGGACGACGAGAUGAACUGUAUGUUUUCGUACUUGAAAACAAUUGUGUGAAGGUUCAAAAUCGGAUUUUAAGCUUGUAUCUUUCAAAAAUUUCAGUUGAAAGUUUAUGAUUUUUACGAUUAAUGCUUCGUUGUUAAGUUUACAGUGACAUUUAAGUCUUAUGUUACAAACACUUGAAUAACAGUUCAAUUUGGUAAGGUUUACUAUUACUACCUAAUAAACUUCAAUCUUCAUUUUACAAAUUAGACAAUCAAAACUUACAAGUGAAUUAUUUGAUGGAUAUAAGCUUGAAAAUCAGCCUGUAGAUUAGUUUCAGAAUGACUGUUACAGCAAUAUUUCCGUUGCUGGCAAUUAUUGCCAGUUUGUAAUGUUGCCUUGCUCUAGCCAAUGUUAGAGUAGGAGAUGUAGCUUUUACAGAAGUUAUAUUAUAUUCUAUGUAAAGUAAAACUAGUAAAAGCCAUUUAAAAUGAAAUAUUCAACACAUUCAUACUUGUGAAAUAACAACAGUCUCAGUCAGACAUACUCAACCUUUUAUGUAUAAAAUCUAGCUAGAGUCAAACCAAGCCAAAUUUGUAUGGCAACAAGUGUGGAAAUGUCUUCAUUAAUGUCAAAUUUCUAUGAAAAUAUGACAUUUAUAAUGACCUAGCUCACUUUGUUGAAUUAAGUCAAUACAAAUUUAGCUUUGAUGGACUACUAUGAUGCCUUGGGCUACAACAUAUAUAAAUCCUCAAUAUUACCAAUGCCAGGAUUGCUAGGUUGGGUAUUUACAAGGUGCCCGUAAGCAUUGCGAGACAUUUUAACUAUGCAUUCCUGGUAAUAUUUAGAAACUAAAAUGUCAUAUAAAAUUUUCUGGAUUAGGCCUAGUUUCAGAGAUAAUUAAAUGUUUUUCGAAAUCAUUCUUUCGCCAUAAGUCGGUACAAAACACAUUUUUGAAUGCGUAUUGCCACUUUGAGGUCUAGUCUGGACAUACCUAUUGAUUGACAUCGAAAAAUUAAAAAAAUGUAUUCGAGAGCCUACUCCCAAAAAAAAAAAAACUUUUAAGUUCAUUUUAGGUUAUGUUUUUAUCAAUAAAAAUUACGUUUUAUGUACAGGAGUAUUCAAAAAAAGGGAAAAAAAAAAAACAAAAUCAAAACAUUUUUUUUUGUUGAAUUUCACAAAAAGUCGUAUAACAUUUUUUGCUUCUGUUGCCAUCAGGAAUGCACCGUUAAAAUCUCUCGCAAUGCUCACGGGCACCUUGUAUAGAAUGGUAUAUGUGGUUGUAGUUUUGCUAAGUUGCAUAUAAAUAACAAAACAAGUCAACAACUAUGAAAAAGACUGGAAAGUUAAAGUUUGUAUAUAAAAAGGGGGGUAAAUGUUAUUAAUUUGAUGUAAUGUAAAGAAAUGCAUUUUCUAUACUCGGCAGAUACCAUUUAUUUUGGUAAAAUAUGACAGAAAAUUAAAUAUCCAAAAUACCUAAUUAUGUUCUGUUCAAAGAAAAUAUUUAUAACAAUGACUAGUUAAAAUAAUUGUAUUAUCGAGAGUUAUCAAACAGUUAUAUAUUUAAAGUUGUUUUGAAAGAAUAUGUUAUCUAAAAAGCUAUUCACUGCUUUAUAAGUUAUAUUUUAAUAAUACAAGUCGCUAUUCAGUUAAUAAGCAAUUUGUUUUUGCUAUAAAAUUACAUUUUGUAUAUAUGACUGGAUCAUAUUUGGCACUUUGUAAUCAAAUAGUGCCGUUAUUAGCGACAAUAUGCCAUAAGCUAUGAAAAAAGUUAUAGAACAGAAGGUGAAUAUAUUUAUCAUAUUUUGGGAACUAAUUCUCACGUACUCUAAAAAGAGACUGCAAGUCAAGCUUGCCACAAGGUCCCUUUUCAGAAAUACACAUUUGUGACGUACUCAAUGAAAAGGUACCACAUUGUCGCUUACCAUAAACUAUUUCUUGAGAACGUCACAUUUGAUAUUUGUUUUCUGAAAUGUUUGAUAAAAGUAUUGACUCUUUGGUUCUCUGCCAGUUUUAGUAUGUGUGAAUGAGAUGAAAUCUCAUUAGUACUAACGCUAUUCAAGUAUUACUUUAUAUUAUCAAUUUAUCAGGUAUUGUCAGGUAGAAUAGCUUUUUAUAUGUUUAAUUGUCACUACCGGACAGUGGCGGUGCGUCAAACACGAUUUGGGAUGCCUUUUUGCUCGCAUUAAAUAGGCAAGGCAAGCCGGUUGAAACCGAGUUCCUACGCUCCGCCACUGCUAUUGUAUCUCACAUAGUGUGAGUGAUUCUGUGAUUAAUAACUGCUUCAACAAAUGUGACGUUCUCAGGCAAAAGGCACUCGUCAAUAAUUCCUUUUUUUAAUUGCAUCUUAAUUUUUACCCCUAGCGCGUUAUUUAUAACAACUUCCGAAGCUGUACUUUUUGCCUGACAGCGUCACAAAUACUGGUUUGUGCCUGUACUAACACGCGAGAAUAUGUAGAUAGAUGUCUCACAUGAAUUUUAGGAACUUAGGGAGAUCUAGGAAAUAGCCUAAUGGAUAUUUAUUUUUAAGCAUUCUCUUCUGUCGUAGUUUUUUACUGCAUUUUACCUUCUUUAUAUUAUCCCGGUUGCAUCCUAAUGGAGUCUAAAGGCACAGUAAAAUUAUUGAAGCAUACACUUUAAUACCUUAACUGUUGUGUUCGGAUAUUUUAACCCCUUAAAGCGUGUCAUAAUUAUUAUUUUUAUUUAAAUUUGAACUUUAAUAGCUGUCAAAAGAGUUGAAUCGCUUCGCACGGGUUACAAAAAACCUUAACACAAUCACCGUGGAGCUACUCGUAGCGCUACGUCGUAGCCGAUAACAUAGGUUUCCCGGUAUGUAGCAGAAAUGCUUGCGUAGAGGCAAAACGACGUAUUGUGAUUAGCGAUGAAUGAGAAAGAACGCUCAAGAAUCACUAUGGAUAGGUGAAAACUGCAUGAAAAUCUGUUCAGUAGUUUUUGAGUUUAUCGCGAACAUACAUACAGACAGACGCGGAGGGGGAGUUUUAUAAGUUGUAGUGAUAGUGAUAGGGUCCACUUCUAAUUUAAUCUUUGCCUUUGUGACAGUAACGUUACCCUUUUGAUAGUAAACACACAAAUAGGGUUCCUUUUCCUGUUUGAAUUUCAGCCUAUAUUCCUAGAUCUACCCUCGUAUAGAAAUCAAAGUGUAUCUUUUUCACCGUACAGUGAUUUUAUAUAUACAAUAUUUUUAUUGUAACAUGAUUGCAUCAUUAUCAUCAAUUUAUAUCAAUCAAGUGUACGCUACCAAUUGAGUCGGAAAUCAAACUUUGUACACAAGAGCAAUGAAAAUAGGACACGUUGUAUGGACAUUUCCGUAGAAACCCUUUUUUGUGCUCUCGAGUAUGUUGUCCUUUCUACGCCGCUCAACAACGAAGCUUUAGCCACUUUGACACUAAAAUCAAAGAUAAGUAAAUAAUAAAGAUUGUCAAUCUCCAUACUACUAUCGUUCAUCUGCAACAAUAAUAAGGAUUACGAUUAUUUUUAUGGAUACUGUUAUACUUUUAUUUAGUUGUCUCCGUUUUUAGUCAAAAAGUUGGUUUAAAAGUUAAAUAUUAACGAUUCAGUAACCUCAGCGACAAGAUAGAAAUGAAUCUAAAAGACUAAUUGUCUGUAAAAAGUAUACUAAACAUUGUAUAAUUAUGAAAAUAUUAGUAAUUUAGGUUUUAAAAGAUGCGGGCCUGUCAUGGCGCCCAAAUUGUAUAUUAUUUUAAAUAUGGGUCCAGUUUUAUUUCAGCUUUGCUUUUGACUUGUAUAUGAUGGGUAUUAUAAACUUUUAUUAUUUUAACUUCGCCUGGCGGCCCGCCAUAGUUAUUCAUUGUCAGUGUAUAGAAAAAACUGCGAGCCAUCCAUCUAUGUUUAAUAAUAAUACGUGAAAAUAGUUUAAACGACUUCUAUAAAGCCAACCUCGUACAAAGUAGCGUACUUUGAUGUAGAAUUGUAGAUGGUGCCACAUCGCGAUCUCGGGCAUAGAAAUAAAGCAACGCCAUCUAGUGAGUUCUCUGAGAGUUAAAUAAAAUGGCGUUGCGAUUUUAUUUAUAUACUUGAAACAUCUUAGUCGCAUCAUCUAAAAUAAUAUCAUCCAAUCACUUUAUAUGGAAAUAGAAAAUAGUCAUUAUUUAAAAGUAAUUUUGAUCUUUAGCUGUUACUACAUAACUACAUAGAUUGCACGAUGGCUCACCGUAUUUCUGAACACUGUUAUUAUAAUGUAAAUUAGGGGAAAGUCCAUGUUAUGUAAAACAUAUUCUGUUAUAUGUAUAUCAUAUUGUUUUGGUUUUAGUGUCUUAUUGUAUAAAAGGAUUAUUCUUUUUUUCUAAUGAGAUUAAGAGCGCAUGUCGCAUGUCGAUUAUAUCAUAUUGUUAAUAAAAUGUAAUAUAUAUAUGAA